AAGGGCGAAAACAAAAACAAUAUAGCCUUUGAGCGCCCAACAAAAUGUGCCUGACUUGUCCCAAUUCAAAUGUCUACUCGCUUGGUGGAAUGUAGUCAUGCUGAGAACAUUAGGCGUAUUAACCCCAGGCUUUGCAGUUGCAAAUCCUACAACGUUCCAGUCAAAAUAAAAACCCUCGACCCUUUUUCUCUCACUAACACUAUCCUGAGCCUUUCAGCAGCAAGCCAUAGCUUUAAAUCUGUUUGGGAUUCUGCAAUAACCCAAACCUCAGUUAAAUCUGCGGUCCGAGCAGCUGUUCCAGCAGCAGCAGCAGCAGCCACGUCCACACCCAACCCUGGCACACACAGCAGUGAAAACAAUUGUCUGUUUCCCCACUUAACCUCCUGCUUUUAUAAGUUCCAAGCCACAAUAUUCGUCUCUUGUUAUCAGUUAACCUUUGGGAAACGACCGAGCGGGACGAUGCCUAAUUAAUAUGGAUAAUAUUUAACAAAUGUUUACUGAGCCAAUAUAAAAAAAAAAGAGAAGAGGUGCUAACGUUUUUUGGGCAAGAGAUUUUUAGUUACUGCCCUUUACAUCCGUUCAAGCGCAGCCACAGUGCAAACAUCCGUCCACAGAACGAGCUCGACCAACCAUGCAGACCGUUUAUAAAGUACUUUUAGGCGUCACUGCUGUUGUGGUGGUUAUGGUCGUGAUAAUAGUCCCCAUCGUCGUGCUGAGGUCAAAUGGAACCCAGGAAAAGGAUGAUCGUCAAAAAUUUACUUUAAUGGACUUCUUCAGAGGAACAUACAGAUAUGAAUCAUCUUAUAUUCAGUGGAUAUCAGAGUCUGAAUACUUGCAUACAUCCAAAGGCAACCAGAUUCUGUACAAUGUUGAAACGGAUGAAUCACGCAUUUUUAUGCACAACACCACUUUUGAGGAAGCCAAAGCUUUUUUGUCUGCUGUCUCAGCUGAUGCAAAAUAUGUACUUCUGGAAAGUAAUCGCACAAAGCAAUGGAGACAUUCAUUUACAGCCUCGUAUUCCAUUUAUAAUUUGACGAAUAGUAACUUUGUGAAGAAUGCUUUCCUCAACCACCAAAUACAGAAUAUAAAAUGGGCUCCAGUGGGCCAUAAACUGGUCUAUGUUUGGAAUUACAAUAUUUAUUUCAAAGCUGACCCUGGAAGCACUGCUGAAGUCUUAACAACCGAUGGAAAGAAAGAUACGAUUUACAACGGCAUCCCUGACUGGGUUUAUGAGGAGGAAAUGCUUUCCACAAACAAUGCUCUUUGGUGGUCCCCAAAUGGAAAGUUCCUUGCCUAUGGACAAUACAAUGAUACCGAGACAGAAGUUAUAGAGUAUUCAUUUUACGGCGAUGGACAGUACCCAGAAACAGUGUCGAUUCCAUAUCCCAAGGCUGGAUCUAACAAUCCUACUGCGAGGUUAUUUGUUGUAGAUACCGAGACCUUUAUGACCACUGAGCUUCCAGCCCCAGAAGAAGUUAAACCAAGUUAUUAUCUCAGUGUAAUAACCUGGGUCACAGAUAAUCGGAUCGCUGUGCAGUGGAUGGAAAGAAGACAAAAUUAUUCUGUUUUAACAAUCUGCGAUGUAAAGGAAAAUAAUACUUGGACAUGUCAGAAGGAGCAACAGUUUGCUGAGAAAAGUACAACGGGAUGGAUUGGUGCGUUCCACCCUUCAGAUCCAUUCUUUACACGUGAUGGUACGAGUUUCUUCAAAGUGUUGAGUGAUGUUAGCGGAUAUAAACAUAUUCACAAGGUGGCAGGAAAUCCGCUGAAAUCAACACCAGUGACCAAAGGAAAAUGGGAAGUGAUCCAAAUAUUGUAUCUGACAGACUCCACACUAUACUACAUCAGCAACGAAUACAAGGGCUAUCCUGGACAAAGAAAUGUUUAUAAAGUUAACAUUGGAGCAGAUAGCCAGAAUCCACAGUGUAUUACCUGUGAACUGAUGACAGAGCGUUGCCAGUACUACUCCGCCUACUUUAGCACAAAUGGAAAAUAUUAUUUGCUGUCUUGUUACGGACCUGGUGUUCCUACCUUUGGAAUUUACAAUGCUUCCGAUGAUACAGUGAUAUCAAUUCUCGAAGACAAUAAAGAUUUGGAAGAAAACCUGAAGAAUAUUCAAAUGCCAACAAAAAUUCUCAAGUCUUUACCAUUAGAUGGAACAAAUUAUUGGUAUCAAAUGAUACUUCCACCGCAUUUUGAUGAGACAAAGAAAUAUCCACUGCUCAUCGAUGUAUACGGAGGCCCAAACAGUCAGAAAGCUGACGCCCGUUUCUCCAUCGGCUGGGCUACCUACCUUGCCAGUACAGAAGGGAUCAUAGUUGCCAGCUUUGACGGAAGAGGCAGUGGUUAUCAAGGAGACAAAAUAAUGCACGCAAUAUAUCGAAGAUUAGGCACUUAUGAAGUUGAAGACCAAAUCAGAGCAACAAGGAAAUUCAUAGAAAUGGGAUUCAUCGAUGAGACCAGAAUAGCAAUUUGGGGAUGGUCUUAUGGAGGCUAUGUCACAUCGAUGGUACUUGGAGCAGGCUCCAGAGUUUUCAAGUGUGGUAUUGCUGUUGCUCCGGUGUCCAACUGGACAUAUUAUGAUUCUAUCUACACCGAGCGUUACAUGGGCUAUCCUACGAAAGAGGACAACCUUCAGUUCUACAAGAAUUCUACAGUGAUGGAAAGAGCUGAAAAAUUCAGAUUGGUUGAUUACCUCCUGAUUCAUGGAACAGCAGAUGAUAAUGUCCAUUUCCAACAAUCAGCACACAUUUCGGAAGCUCUUGUUGAUAAAGAAGUGGAUUUCCAAGCCAUGUGGUAUACGGACAAGGAUCAUAGUCUAGGUGGCGCAGCGUACAACCAUCUUUACAUCCACAUGUCCCACUUCCUACAACAAUGUUUCUCCCUCAGUCACUGACAGCUGGAAACAUUUUCAACCAAGCAUUAAACAUUACAACUCAAGAAAUGGUGGAUGAACUCAACCAGUUAGGUGGACCCUUUGUUGAAUUUUACCGAAGGGACUUUGACCUGAAACAUUGUACGGGUUCUUCCUCCAUAGAUGCUGCUCGAAUUGCUGAGUUCUUCCAACAUUUCAGUUUCUCAACAUCAGAGGUUUUGAUUUUCCAAUAUUAUAAUAGUUCCAAGAUGCAACUAUUCCCAUUUAAAUAUUUGUGUUGAUAAAAUAGAACAAUCCAGGUCUCAAAAAGAUGAUUUUUCUUUCUUCUUCCAUGUCCAAAUUGUUAAUAUAUUAUGUGAAAUGUUUUAUGUUUUUCAUUUGACCAAUUGCCAACAUCAAACAAAUGGUUCAUUUUCGAAACUCAUUGAAGUUAAAAUAAUCGUAAGUUCAUAAGUCAUAGGAGCAAAAUUGGGCCAUUCAGCCCAUUAAGUCUACUUUGCCAUUCAAUCACAGCCAGCCUAUCUUUCCCUCUCAACCCCAUUCUCCUGCCUUCUCCCCAUAACCCCUGACACCCUUACUAAUCAAGAAUCUGUCAAUCUCCGCCUUAAAAAUAUCCAGUGACUUGGCUUCCACAGCCAUCUGUGGCAAUGGAUUCCACAGAUUCACCACCCUCUGACAAACAAAAUUCCCCCUCAUUUCUUUUCUAAAGUUACGUCCUUUUAUUCUGAGGCUAUGGCCUCUGGUCCUAGACUCUCCCACCAGUGGAAACAUCCUCUCCACAUUCAUUCUAUCCCGGCCUCUCACUAUUCGCCUCACAUUGUCCAGUGCUGAAAAAGUGUACUGAGUCAGUUCCAUUGGCCCAUUGUCCUCAAUACUUCUUGCCAUACAUCUGCCCAAAUGUGUUUUUUAGAAGUCAUAUUGUAUCUGCUUCUACAGGCAGAUGUGAUAGAUUAUUCAGCAUUUUCUCUCUAUACUUUCUUUCACCGAUGCAAGAUUCAAAGAUCAUUAAUUCCUUGAUGGGAUCUACUGAUGGUUCAGUUGUGACCUGUCGUUAAACUAGGUGCUAGAUUAUUAUACCCUGACUUAUUUUUUUGCAAAAAUGGCCAAAGUUUUUCAAAUUAUAUUCACCACAUAAAAAUCUGUUGAUUCAAUGUUAUAUAUGCAUAAUAUUUUUAAUUUUGUUUCACUUUCAGUGUUAUUUACGGUGAUUAUUAUACAUUGUCAGUUUGCAUCAUUUAAAAAAAUUUCAACCACGAAAGCUGUUUAAUUAAGAAUAGUUUAAUAUGUAUGUAAAUUGC